AUGAGGCCCAGCAUCCUCUUGCUCCUGUGUGUUGUGGGUCUCAGUCAGGCCGACAGGGAGAAGAUCUUUAAUGGCGCUGAGUGUGUGAAGAACUCACAGCCUUGGCAGGUGGGGCUGUUCCGUGGCAAAUAUCUGCGCUGUGGCGGUGUCCUCGUGGACCGCAAGUGGGUCCUUACAGCUGCUCACUGCAGUGGCAAGUACGUGGUGCGCCUUGGGGAGCACAGCCUCACCAAGCUGGACUGGACAGAGCAAUUGAGGCUCACGACCUUCUCCGUGACACACCCCAGCUACCAGGGUGCCCAUCGGAACCAUGAGCAUGAUCUUCGACUCCUGCAGCUGGGCAGACCGGUCCGCCUGACCCAUGCUGUCCGGCCCCUGGCCCUGCCCACUUUCUGUGCACCUAUGGGGACCAGGUGUCAUAUUUCAGGAUGGGGUAUCACAAACAAGCCAUGGGAACCAUUCCCAGACAGGCUCCAAUGCCUCAACCUCUCCAUUGUCUCCAAUGGCACGUGCCAAGCCGUGUUCCCUGGAAGAGUGACGGAGAAUAUGGUGUGUGCAGGUGGUGAAGCCGGGAAGGAUGCCUGCCAGGGUGACUCAGGAGGCCCCCUGGUGUGUGGAGGAGUUCUUCAAGGCCUAGUUUCCUGGGGAUCUGUUGGGCCUUGCGGACAAAAGGGCAUUCCAGGGGUCUAUACCAAGAUCUGCAAAUAUGUGGGCUGGAUCAGAACAGUCAUCAAGAACAACUAAUGGGCUUCCCCUGUCUCCAUGUGGUUCUGCUUCGGGGCCUCUCUGACCCUCGAAGCACCAGUGUCUCCUCCCUCACCACUCCAGCUCCCACCCUCGCUGGUGCAGGGAACCUCUUGAAACCUCAGGGGUGUAGAGGGGACUGUGAAACUCUGGAAUAAACGUUAUACAACCAAGGGAAGGGCUGCACCUGUCUGUUUAAUGUGCAGUUUAAGCCUGGUGGGAACCGGAAAGGGUGGGCGUUUUUGCUGGACUUGGUUGCAUAGGUCUGUGAUCUUGGUACUCAGGAGAAAGAGGUAAAGAGGAUCAGGAGCUCAAGAUCAUCCUGGAUUACAAAGUGAGUUCGAGGCAAUUCUGGGCUUCAUGAGACCCUGUCUCAAAAACAAACAGGCCAGGCAUGGUGGUGGAGGUCUUUAGCCUCCACACUUGGCAGGCUGAUCUCUGAGUUUGAGGCCAGACUGGUCUACAGAGUGAGUUCUAGGCCAGCCAGAGCUACACAGUGAGAAUCUGUUUCAAAAUCAAAGCUUUUGGUCUUAAUUUUUUAAUUAUUAUUAUCUUUAUCUUCUGGUUAUGGGUGUUUUCAUGCAUGCAUGUCUAUACACCACAUGUAUGCCUGGUGCCCACCGAAGCCAGAAGAGGACGUUGGAUCCCCUGGGACUGAAGUUACACACGAUUGUGAGCCACUGUGUGAGUGCUGGGAAUUGAACCAAGAUCCUCUAGGAAAAGCAGCCAGUGCUCUUAACCACUCAACCAUCUCUCCAGCCCCUGCUUCUGGCUUUCUAAUGAACUGGAUAUAAAUGACCGGAAUGGGGGUGGUGUGUUACACCUGACUGCACCACAGCUUUCUUAUGUCCUGUUUGAGAUGGGAUGCCGGUCUGUUUUAUUAUGUCAGAGAUGGUCCAGGGUGACUCUGGGGACAAGACAACCCAGCUGAAGUGUCACAAGGCUACGCCUACCCAUAGGUCCUGUCUCCACAUUCUCUUCAGAAGACAAAAAAGAAGGCCUUACUCAAAAAUGCCUAAGAGGGGACCUGGUGUGCUGACCCAGAAGCACAGGAAUGACCUUUCCCAGCAUCCUCCUGGUAUUUCAUCCCCCACUCCACCCCAAGGCAGGGCCGGCACCCCCAUGUCACAGAUUAGGGAACUGAACUUCCCUGGGGUGGAGUCGCCCGUCCCACGUCACCUGGAUAGGAAGAGGCAGAGCCCGUAGGGUUUGAGGCCACGGUCGGCUGCCGGCAGAGCCUGGGCCUACUCCGCCUUGUCCCACAUCUGGUUAGGGGAGAGAGGAGAGGAAGGCCCGGGGAAGAAAGAUCUGAAUGAAAACAUAAGCUGGGAGAAGAGAGGCUUCGAACCUGGGGCUAUCCGAUGAGGAGGCCCAGGAGGCUGAAGAGUGACUGGAAAUUAUCUACAGUACCCAGUAAGUGCUGGAGGCCUGGGCAGUGGAGGCUUGGGAGAGGAGGGAAGGGUCAGCAGAGAGUGGAGGUCCACACAGGAGCCCUGGGGCCCCUGGCACACCUGCUGAGGUUUCUUUCUCCUUUCUUGAGCCAUGGCCCUCACAGGCCCUGA